AUGCACACGGAUAAAGAUGUUUGUCAUACUCGAAGCGAGUGGGUGAAGUCCCCUGGAACUUUUUGUGUUCUCGUUGGAGUGACUGGGAGUGUAGCUGCUCUCAAACUUCCUAUUUUGGUCUCUGAACUUCUUCGUCUACCCGGGGUGGAUGUAAGAGUGGUCACCACUGUGCAUGCUGGGCAUUUCUAUAACCCCGAAGAGGUGUCAGUGAAAAUUUACAGUGACAAAGAUGAAUGGGAGAUGUGGAGUCAGAGAUCUGAUCCGGUGCUACAUAUUGAGCUCAGACGCUGGGCAGACCUACUUGUCAUUGCCCCCUUAGAUGCAAACACACUUGGAAAGAUCUCUUGUGGCAUUUGUGACAAUCUCCUGACAUGUGUGGUGAGAGCCUGGGACACCAGUCGCCCUCUCCUCUUCUGCCCUGCUAUGAACACUGCCAUGUGGCAGCAUCCCAUCACAGCCCAGCAAGUACAAAGGCUGAAAGAGUUUGGCUAUGUGGAAAUCCCCUGCAUUGCAAAGAAGCUCGUUUGCGGAGACGUAGGCAAAGGCGCCAUGGCAGAAGUGUCGACUAUCAUCAAUGUUAUCAAGCAGUGCCUUCAACAAACCAGUGAGUCAUCUCCACCAACAUGA